GAGACCGAAAAGUUUUCAGAAAUGGCCCCGGAAACUAAAAAGCAAUCGGUGUUCCCAACGGACACGGAGGAAGUGAAGGUCAUUUUCAACCGUUUCGACACCAAUGGCGAUGGUAGAAUCUCCGAGGAGGAGCUAAUCGGCGUCCUGAAGUCAUUCGGAUCCGAUACAUCUCCGGACGAGGUGAAGCGAAUAAUGGCCGAAAUUGAUACCGACUCCGACGGCUCCAUUAGCCUCGAUGAGUUCGUGGGAUUCUGCAAAGGACUCGCCGGAGAAUCUGAAAUCGACGACCUCAGGGAAACGUUCAAGCUCUACGAUCAAGACAGCAACGGAAAGAUCUCCGCGACCGAAUUGCAUCAGAUCUUGUGUAAAUUGGGGGAGAACUACACCGUUGAAAGUUGUGCGAAUAUGAUUAAGUCGGUUGAUGCCGAUGGGGAUGGUUUCGUCGAUUUUGAAGAAUUCAAGAAGAUGAUGUCGAAGAAUUAAUGUCACAUAAUCGCAUUGUAGAAUAGUAGGUGGGGUUACACUGAUUCUAUAUUUCAUGCAAAAAUUUGAUUUUUUUUUUCUUUUUUGGUCCAUGGAUUUAAUCAUUUCAUUUGGCGAAAUAUCGGUUGAAAAUUAUUGUAACGUGUUUUUUGAUUUCAAAUGCACAAAAAUAUUAUUUUAGUUAAA